AUGGGCGGACUUUGCUCAAGAAGGUCCACUGAUGAUAGUGCAUUGACUGGUACAUUUCCGCAUGUCAAUGGGCACUUCAGUUAUGGUCCUGGAUUAGUUUAUCAGUCUCGGGAGUUGGAUGUACAAGAAAAUAACGAUUCGGUGGAAGCCACGUCUCAGGUAUCUACAGAUAAGCAACUGAGGGAACCGUUUUCAUUCCCUGAGCUGAGUGCUAUUUCUGAUGUCACAAACAUUGAUGAUAUCAACGAUGGAAUCCCUCGGUUGUCUCGGGCUUUAUCGAAUAAAUCUAGAUCUGCAAGGUCAAAGCAAGUGGCAAUUGCAAAGGUGUCUGAAGUGAGUUCACUCUUGGGCAGGGCGGGUACAGCUGGGAUUGGGAAAGCAGUGGAUGUGUUGGAUACACUUGGUAGUAGCAUGACUAAUUUGAACCUCAGUGGUGGAUUUGCAUCUGGGAUGGCUACCAAAGGGAUUAAAAUCUCGAUUUUGGCAUUUGAAGUUGCAAAUACAAUUGUCAAAGGUGCCAAUUUGAUACACUCCCUGUCAAAGGAGAACAUUAGACAUUUAAAGGAGGUGGUGCUCCCUUCUGAAGGCGUGCAAAGCUUAAUAUCAAAAGACAUGGAUGAACUCCAGCGAAUUGCAGCAGCUGACAAGAGGGACGAAUUGAAAGUCUUUUCGGGAGAAGUUGUCCGCUUUGGAAAUCGUUGCAAAGAUCCUCAGUGGCACAACUUGGAUCGUUAUUUUGAGAAGUUGGAAUUUGAUUUCACACCUCAUAAACAAUUGAAAGAAGAAGCUGAAACGGUGAUACAGCAAUUGAUGACUUUUGUUCAGUACACUGCUGAACUGUACCAUGAAAUGCAUGCACUAGACAGAUUCGAACAAGACUAUCGCCACAAGGCUCAAGAAGAGGAUAACUCGAAUACUGCACAGAAAGGUGACAGCCUUGCAAUAUUGCGAGCAGAACUGAAGAAUCAAAAGAAACAUGUAAAGAGUCUGAAAAAGAAAUCCCUCUGGUCCAGGAUUUUGGAAGAGGUAAUGGAGAAGCUUGUAGACAUCGUCCAUUUUCUAAAUUUGGAGAUCCAUACGGCAUUUGGUAGCUCUGAUGGAGAUAAGCCUGGAAAAAACCACCAGCAGAAGUUGGGAACUGCUGGCCUUGCACUGCACUAUGCAACUAUCAUUACCCAAAUAGAUACACUGGUAACCCGAUCAAGUUCUGUGCCACCAAGUACGAGAGAUGCUUUAUACCAUGGACUGCCACCAGGUAUAAAGUCAGCGCUGCGCAGAAAAUUACAAUCUGUUGAGCUCAAGGAAGAGAUGACUGUUCCACAAAUCAAAGGGGAAAUGGAGAAAACUCUUCAGUGGCUUGUCCCGAUGGCCACCAACACAACGAAGGCCCACCAUGGUUUCGGUUGGGUUGGAGAAUGGGCAAAUAUGGGGUCUGAGUUGAGCCAAAAACCUGCUGGCCUGCCUGAUUUACUUAAGAUAGAAGCACUCCAUCACGCAGAUAAGGAGAAAACAGAAGCUUACAUUCUUGAUUUGGCGGUGUUGCUCCAUCAUCUUAUCAGCCAAUCUAGGACCGCAAAUGUUGGACUUAGAUCUCCGGUAAAAUCCCCAAUUCGCUUCCCUAACCAGAAGACGAUUCAGUUGUCAUCACACAAGCCGAGCUCGCCAUCUUCUUCUGCUUUGACAGUUGAAGACCACGAGAUGCUCCGAGAUGUAAGCAAAAGGAAACUGACACCCGGAAUAAGUAAGAGUCAGGAAUUCGAUACUUCAAAAAUGAGGUUGUGCAAGCACCACAGGCUGAGUAAAAGUAGUAGUCAUUCCCCAGCAAGUGAAACCAAAAAAGAUCCUUUUCCUAUUAGAAGGCCAUCUUCUGUUCCCAUCAUUGACUUCGACAUUAACUGGAUCAAAGCGCUGGACGUCAUGGAUCGAGUGGAUACAAUUUAA